AUGGCUGCCACAUGUGGCCUCAGUGUGAUAGAAGAGCAGCAGGAGCUGAGAGGAUAUCAGAUAUACAUUGUGGAGCAAUGGGUGUGCGACCGCAAGGUGGAUUCCAAUGUAGUUAAAGUGUUUACUGGAGACGAGAAUCACAUUAUUCAAGUAGCUGUCAUUGCUAUUUCCACCGCUGAACUACAGCAUCCUCGCCCUCAGAUCCAGACAUUUUUGAACGCUGGAGCACACUUGAAAUCCAAACCAACGCCCCUCGGUGAAAUUCUACUAACAAAUCCAGGAGAACUGCCGUUUGACAUGGACAUGGUGCUGAUUCGUGAUGGAGACUACGACAAAUGGGUGAAUCAGGCGUACGUCAAUAUUAAUCUGAGAAGAACAAAUUGCACAGGACGAAGUUCUCUGAAUCUUCGACCACCCAAUCCAGCAUCCGAAGAGAAAUUUCGAUCACUAUACAAGAUUGCAGACACUGUCAACUUUCAGGAUGCAGUGAUCAACCUGGUAUCACUGGUGCAGAUCGCCUUGUACCUGUUCAAGCUUUUGGAUAAAGACUACAUUGAUGGGCUGAUAUGCAACGAGACGACCAAUGCAUUGUGGACGUUCUACACCAAAUACGAUCCCAUCAAAACUACAGAGUUUACGCUCAAAGAACCUUGGAUGGAACCACAUCUCGUAGCAGCCAUCAUAUCCAAACUACUCAUGUGCCGAAACAAACUGCAAGACUACAAUUUCACCACACUCAAAGACCCAUUUGCAGAUUACGACACAUUUCGCUUCGACAUUGGCGACUAUCAACGUUACAAGAACAUUAAAGUAACAAAAUUCAUAGACUUGGAGACACUGGGAAAGUUAAACGAACAUGCUUUUAGUCAGCUUAAGGUGAGAAAAGUGAUUAAAUCAAAGUUGGACGAUAUUUCUGGCAUCACCAACUCGCCGCUGUUCAAUGAAACAUCAGAUCCUGAAGUGUUUCGACAUCACUCGACCAUCGAAAGCCUCCGAGCCAUUUGGAGACCAAAGCUCAAGGGUGGUAUGUUGCAUAAUGCGACCACUAUGGGAGGUGCCACAGAUCAGCAGCCAAACGAAUUGAUGCACAUGCUGAAGCGUACGACGAGAACAGGUGGUGCAGCUGUGGACAUGCUAAGCCGAGUAGCAGGUUCGAUACCUUGGAUCAAUACAACAGCUGACAACAACAAGCGAGACAACAAUACUAAUCGCUCUCCAAUGGCCACAGUCGCAACACCCGCUUCAGCAGCACAAUCCUCGGACAACAUUGUGAUGUCUCCCUCACCGUUGAAUCAAUCUAGAUUGGAGAGCCAUACCGCCCUGAGUCAUAUAUCCAGCAGUAACUCUUCGGCUCAACAGCCAUUAGACGAGGAAUACACCAUGGCAUCCCGUAUAGCGACACCUGCUCGAAAACCAUCUCCCUUAUCGAUUCAAACGUCUACUUCUUCCAAUAACACACCUCCUGCCACAUAUACCAUAACACCUACUCAUACUUUUAAUAACACUAAUAACAGCACACCUAUUGCCACUGCUCCCAGUACAACAUCCCACACACCCGCGCAUGCCAGCACUGACGAUAUACCCAAUAGCGAUUUCAAGCGAGUCAUUUCACCCGAUCACUUGGAUCAAGAUAUACCUUCUUACGUGCAAUCUGUACCUCCAUCAUCUGCUGCAUCCACUGCCGCUGUAACAUCACCAUCUCCACCUACUCCCUCUGUACCUAAACUACGGAUUUCUAAAUCAACCGACACCACUACUGCUUCAACACCAAGAUCCACCACACCGUCAUCUUCUGCUAGCAUCAAGCAACAAACCAAGGAGGAGGGUGAUUUCGUGCCAUACAUUGUACCAGCGAAAAACCAAUUAAAGCGCCCUGCCAUUCGCCAUACACGAUCCGUGUCUGACAGUAUACUGUUGGAUGCAGUCUUCAUUCAUGCUCUGAAAGAAAACAACAAGCUACAAUCCCUGAGAAACGCAUUUGGAUCCUACGUCCCCACAAAGCAAUCGCUAGACAGAUAUCACCGUCGAUCCCAGACUACUUCGGCACUACCAAGCACGUCCAAAGAGGCAGCAGUUUCAUCAACAAUGUCAGGGACAGAUCAGGAACCAGAGAUGAAUACCCGACCCACAGCAACCAUGAAUGUCCAAACCUACUUGACCUAUGAACGCCUCUCUCAAAAGCAGCGGGUACUACAACGCACGUAUGAAGAGAUCAGAGCCAUGGCUAAUCUAUACGAAAGAACCGCGGCUCAUCUCAAAGAAACAUAUGAAAGGCGCUCUUUGGAAUUUGAUGUGAUUCAGAAGGAUUCUCGACAUGUUAUGGAUGAACAGAACGAGACGGAAAGACGACUGAAAGACGUGGAAGAUAAUAGCGCUAAAUUACAUUAUGAGCUGAAAGUGCUGAACGAUAAGCUCAAGGAUAUUGAAGACAACGUGGGCACAUUUUAUGGUAAAGUAGGUUUGCUGGAAAGAAAGAUGGAUGAUUCGCAACAAUCCAUUACAACCAUGCUGAUCAUUGGAAACUACUUUAACCACUAUUGGAUCAAGAUUCGGCAAUGGAUAUCUUGGUUGUCAGAUGCACCAAAUAAGGCUCAGAAGAAGCAGCAACCACAACAGACGGAGAUUGCUUCACCAUCGAGCUCUCCACCUGGAUUGUAG